UAGUAGAGGAAACCAUACACACGUGUUUUCUUGCAGGUUUGAAGGUUACAGAAGAGGCAGAGGGUCGGAUUCUUGUCGACUGUCGGCCGGAGAGGGUCAUCGGGACGGAGUGUGUGCGGUUAAAGCAGGGUGUGAGCAGCAGUGAAGCGCGGACAUGGAUCCCAUGAAGGCACAGCAGCUGGCAGCGGAGCUGGAGGUGGAGAUGAUGGCCGACAUGUACAACCGAAUGACCAACGCCUGCCACAGGAAAUGUGUACCGCCACACUACAAGGAGGCGGAACUGACGAAGGGGGAGUCGGUGUGCCUGGACCGCUGCGUGGCCAAAUACCUGGACCUUCACGAGAGGCUGGGGCGAAAGCUUACAGAGCUCUCAGUCCAGGACGAGGAAACGAUGAGGAAGGCAGCUGUCGGGAGUGGAUAGAGACGCUGAUGAAGGAAGUGACAUGGGGUGUUUGUAGGUUACGGGAUGGGGUUAGCAUUUCUGGUUUCUCAAAGAUGAGCGACUGGUGUUUUAAUGUAGAGGGUGGGUUAAUAAAAUAAAUAAAUAAAUAAAUAAAAGUAAUACUGGGGUCCACUGAGACAAACUACCUCCUCUGCUGCAGCAGAGGAUGACAAAAAGGACGGGUUUGGAGGACGCACCGGGUGGAACGGAAGCAUGUCUUGAAACUGCUCAGAGCGAUCCACUGACCUCUCUGGAUCAGUCUGAUAUGUUUUACUUUCAGCUUGGCCUGGUCCUCGAGAAGUCACCUGAAAACUGACCGGGAAGAAGAAAAACAGAGGCCCAGGACAUGUGACACUAUUUUGAAGUCAUGCUUUGUGCUUGUUUCCAGCUGCUCAGGGUGCAGAAACUCACAUUCUGUGUUGUCACCGUUGAAGCUGUGGUACCAACCAUCUGGUACCUGCAGCAGGGUGAAACAUACACUAAGAACGAUUUGAAACUUUGAUCCCAAAUCAAAGGGCUGCAGGUAAACAUGGGGCCCCUUUGUAAGGUUGCAACACAUACAUGAUAUUCAGGUAGCGAUACAUUUUGUCAUGCAGACAACGUAGUGUCACUCCUGUACAAAAACCUUGAAAUACAGCAACUCAAACACAUGGAUCAUGGCGUGCACUGAGUUCAUUACAUGUGGCAGUGUGGUUUGAGCCAAAAUGUCUUUUUUUUUUUCUUUUUUUAUACAGUAUGCAUAGUUUACUCUGUUUGAGCCCUGAGACAACAGAGAUCCAGGCUCAUAGCUGGGUCGUUGUGGUUACAUGGACGUGUGUUGAAGGUGGACUGAACUUUGCUCAUCUGUGAUGCCUGUGUAGACUGUGUUGUGCUGUGUGCCAGCGGACCAUGUUUUUGACUGUGAUCUUGUUGUUGUUUUUUUUCUGUGCUUAACACUGACCCAGCUUUUUAUCUGCAUGUUAGAGAAGCUGAAGUGUGUCCUUGUUAUGAAUUACUCCGAUUAAACAAACCGUGCUUUGUGUAAAC